UCAUUCGUUACUUUGGACACAGCCAUGGACACCUUUGAAACGUAAGUUUUACAUUUACUUCUUUUUACGUAAAUAAAUGUUAAAAUUGCAUUCAGUUAUAUAUUGCAACGAUUUUAAAAUCAGUACAACUCUUAAGAAAUUUCAGUCGCCUUAAAGCUAAUAAUGAACAAUGCUCGUUUUUUUUUUUUUUUUUUUUUUUUUUUCACGUAUCUCCUAUAUUUUCAGCGACGUGUUUAUCUACACGCCCUCCACCAUCGCCAUCGUCGCCUCCGGCAGCCCUGUCGCCACCACGAGCGCCACCGUCGCCAACCCAACAUUAAGGUAUAUUUUGAAGACCCCCUAUAUGAAAAUGCAAUGAUGGGGUCAUCUUAUAAAGUGGCAAAUAGAGUGACCUUGACCUUCGAGACUGAUUACGGUACUGGAAACUCUGGUAGAGUGGCGUUGAUUGGCUCUAUACCAGAGUUAGGAGCAUGGGAGCCAAAACAGUGCAUUCUGGCAGAGGAGCAACCACGGAAUUCCAAUCACUGGGCAACUCGAGUGGUACUGCCAGAGAACACGACGAUUUUAUGGAAAUGGAUAAUUGUCUCCCCUGAUCGCGAAAACGUUUACAGAUGGGAAGAAUGUGAAAACAGAAAAUGUUCUACCGGAAGAAGUGAUGGGCGCUGGGAGGCUAAAUGGAAUUGCCCUGCUAACUUCUAUUCGUUGAUGACUACUGAAAAAACAAAUUCUCCAGUGAAAAAAGAUGGUAAAGUGAAAGAAGAUCAUAAACCAAAAGAAGAAUGUAAACUACAAGAUGGUAAACGGAAAGAAGAAUGUAAAAUAAAAGAUGGUAAACCGAAAGAUGAUUAUAAACCAAAAGAAGAAUGUAAACUAACAGAUGGUAAACUGAAAGAAGAACGUAAACUAACAGAUGGUGAACUGAAAGAAGAACGUAAACUAACAGAUGGUGAACUGAAAGAAGAACGUACACCGAGAGAAGAAUGCAAUCUGAAAGAAGAUGGUCCUGAAACUCCAUUCCAAAACUAUAAACCCACUUUCAUCGGGAAAAUGCGCGAUCGGCUUUGCAGCAUUAUUUAGAACUGGAUGUUGAUAAUGAAAUGAAAAGUAGGGCCGAUAUUUGAAAAAAAAUAAUGGUAUCAGGGUGUACCAGAGUACAAAUGGGUAUGUGAAGUAUGUAGCCUAUGUGCAUCUUUAUGUACAUAGAAAAACUGUGUCUCAAGCAGAUGUAGAACACAAAGACGUUAUAAGUUAGUAUUGUAUGAAUAUACAAUUAUUUAUAGACAUUUUCAAAUCAAUAUGUAGUGGUCCAUUUGCUAUAUAGCAUCUAAAGGAAAAGGAACAAGAAUUAGAUAAAGAGUUGGCGAGAGAGAGAGAGAGAGAGAGAGAGAGAGAGGAGAGAGAGAGAGAGAGAGAGAGAGAGAGAGAGAGAUUGAUCGAUUCACACAAUAAAAUACUUUUUUCUUAUAAAUAUACCGAUCACACAAUAACGCGAGAAAAUGAAUAUUUAAAACGUUAUAUACACCGUUUAUGGUCAUAAUAUGUGCAAUCAUGCUUUUUUGAAUUCAUUAUGUACCUAUCUGUUAUUUAUGAAAACGUAUUAAAACAUAUUGUAACCUUUUAAA